UCUGAGUGUUCGCCCCACACAACCCGGUAAUUGGACAUUCUGCAAGACGGAGCGAAAUACGAUCCGCAUAUAAAUUUGAGAAUAGAGACUUGCCUGCUGGGAUAGGGUGCCUGUGCCCUGGAAUAUUUGCUCUCUUUGCGACGGGGAGGGCCAGUCGGCAUCGGACCAAAGAGCUAGCGGAAGGUAUGCACGGCAUUUUACAGCUACAACGUAGAAUAUCGGAGUGACAUCAGUGUGAACCAUCACGAGGGUCGACUCUAGACCUUCUCAAGUAGAUACACGGACUUUCUAAGAACUUUUAUACGUCCAAAAUGUCGGCAACGACAGAAGCUGCCGCCCUCGGGACGGACGCUAUCGACGUCGCCACGGCGGUUCCCGGCGAUGACGGGACCGGGGACGACGGGGACGCCCUCUCGGGAGUAGAGGACAUCAUCUCCGCCAUCCUGCCGGGCGCGUGCGAGACGUGGAACGACGCGCAGCACGUCCUGUUCCAGCUGGCUUCUAUCUGCUUCCUCUUAGCUCUCCUCCUUCCGCAAGUCAUUAAACCACACACAUGGAUUUUCCGCGGGCUUUUGAUUCUCGGCUUUAUUUUCAUGGCACUGUGGGGAGGGAUCGCCGUCUGUAUAGCUGAUGUCAUCGGCUGGUACAUCCUGUUUAUCGUCAUGAACCUAGUACACGUCAGCUACCUCGCCUACAUUCAGCGGGAGGCAGAGUUCGAGAAGAUUCUUGAAGACGUCUAUGCGAAAAUCUUCGAACCCCUUAAGGUGACCCGUGAUACAUUUGCUAACCUAGUCGGUGCGAGAGGCAAGGUCUUCGAGCUGAAACAGGGAGACGUUUACGCCGUGGAAGGAAGAACGACGUCGGAAGAUAGGAUCGCCAUCCUGAUCUCUGGAACUCUAAGGGUCUCGUGUGAGGACCACCUUCUGCAUUACAUCUACCCCAACCAGUUCAUCGACUCUUGUGAAUGGGAAGCCUUCAGGCUCAACCAAGGAAAGCAGUUCCAAGUGUCUAUCGCCGCUGAGACUCCGUGCCGCUACAUCUGCUGGCCACGUGAACACCUGAAGUUCUACCUGCAAAUGGACCCGUUCCUGGACGCCGUGUUCCACAACAUCAUCGGAAAGGACAUCAUAACCAAGCUGUACCUGCUGAACGAGCAGCUGAUCCGUAAGCCGCCCAAGACCCUGAACAUGGUGGACAUCCGUAACUCCGUGGCCAGGGACGACCCCACCUUCACAAUGCAGCGUCUCUCCCAACUCGGCAGCCCGGAGGACUUCGCCGCUUUCAAGCCACUGUCGAUGCCUGGUGACAAGCCGCCGCCCGGAGGAAGACCACUGAGCAUGUCAUUUGAGACGACCGUCUAAGGAGAAGCAUAUUAUGGAUCUGGCAUUUGCAGGAGGCCGCCAUCUUGUUUCAAAAUGGUGCCAUCCAUCUAUGUUGACUAAGUCGACUACGUUGAAAUUCGAGUCUUGAGAUGAAAUUAUAAGGUUCAAAAAAGUUCCUUGGAUCUAAUCAUGGAAGAUAAGACUUAAAAACACCAUCCGUGUGUACCAAUGUGUUUUUGUGUUACAAUAACAUUGUGCCAAGUGCCUCUGUUUCUACUCAGGGGCCAAACGCCUUGUAGACAGAAUUUUCGGCAACUUUGUUACAGAGGCUGUCUUGUAAUUAACACUUUACAGGUGGAUUAGGUAAAAGUGUAAAUAAUUUUAUCGAUUUAGAAUUGCUUUUGGCAUCUAAGUUGGUGGUGUCUUAAUUGUUUAGUUGUUCUUUUCCUUGUCACUGAGGAUUCUGUUUUCAUUCACAACUCAUGGUAUGCGUUAGCUGACCAAUUUGAUAUCGUCUAUUUCUAAAUUCACAUUUCAGCUUUCCACACCUAGAUGUGUGUAGAGAUGCUUUUCUAAUUCAAGCAUAUGUAAUCCUUGUGACUUCGCAAAUUAUUUUAUGGCAAGAAAAUCGUGAUUCACGUUGAGCUUUUAUUUCAUAUCCAUAUUUUACCAAUGGAUUCACCAUUUCUCAAGCAAAAACUGAAUGUGUUUCUUUGGCCUUAGCCACAUUUGUCGAGUGCUAAUUGUACGUAAUUGUCAAAAUCUUUGUAAUUUCUACCAAAACUUACUCCAGCUAGGAGAUAGAAGAACGUAGUUGUUAGUUUGCUUUGCAAUAAACUAAGUUGAAAAUAUAUGACGACUUGGUCACAGAUAUAUUGGAAAAAUACAGGAGAAAACAACAACUAAGUGAGGUAGUUUAAAACUUACGGUUGUGGCAGUAGCGAAGUUUGUGCUGACCAUGGACUUGUUAUUUUUGUAUAUUGUCCCUGCUGUACAGAUUUGGCAUGUUCGGUGUGUUCAAAGAAUGACUCUAGUACACUCUAGUAAAUUUUAGUACGAAUAGACUUUAUUGCUGUCAUAAGAAACUCUAUUUCCAACAUAAUAUUUAUUUCGAAGUGAGAUGUAACCGUGUGUGAACAUUUGCACUUCAAGUGUACAUAUUUCAUGAUUUCAUUUGUCACAAAGUGUUUUCUAUCUGUAUUCAGAUCAGUACAACAGUUUUGUCGGCACGUUGAAUUUGUUCUAGUUCCCGAUGCAUACAUUAUCGUAGUUUAGUUAGGUGUAUGUCUGUACGAGAAUAUUCAGGAAUAAAGCGUUUGCGUUGAA